GUUAUGAAUAUCGGUGAUCAUUAAUGAUACUAUUCAUGACUUAAACCGAAAUAUGGUGACGAACAAGGUGGGCAAGCAAGGGGCCGUGGGACAAGUUCCUAAGCGGCUGUUCCAUUUGAAUGUGCAAUUGUUCACGGGCGAGAAGUUCCGAGUAGAGGGCUGCUAUGGGCGAAUGUUGGUUAGAGAGUUGAAGGAGAAACUAGAAUUAAGCAUGGGAAUUCCAGCACAUAUCAUCAGAUUGUUCUACCUGGACGGAGCUGAUCUGAUUGACGACGAGAUGCUUAAAUACGUGGACAUAAUCCCAGGAGCUCUGUUGAAGGCAACAGUGUGGAACCAGUGGCUUAGUUUAGUAGAGGCUGCAGUAGAAGGGGAUGUGUUCCGCACUCUGCGCCAGGGGGUGACUAAAGACUCCAAGUACAACGAUGCCAACAGUGCAAACAUGUUGUCUAGAGCCAGAUUCAAUUGGCUACAGGAGAGGGCAGGAGUUGCUCUCUUCAUCGCCAGUCAUAGGGGACACGAACAGUUAGUUACGAGGCUUUUGAUGAGUGGCUCCAACGUGUCUGCUCAAACCCCCGGCGGGAGGACUGCACUGCACGCCUGUGGGGCCCAGGGUAAUGUGAAGAGUCUCCUCACUCUGUUGCAGUAUGGGGCAGAUACUUCCGUAAGCGACAACAGCGGCCAGACUGCACUCACUUUAGCUGCCUCUAUGGGACAGAGACAAUGCGAGAGGUAUCUGUUCAUGCAUGAGUGGCAGCAGAGAGCGAAGAAGAGUAGAAGGUGGGUGGACAAGAGACCUCUGAUGGCACACCAGAUGUAUGACAGCCACGUGCAAACAUGGUACACUGGCACUCAGAGUAGACUGUACACUGCAGAAAUACUCCCUCCCGAAGAGUUCUCUGGCACUCGACUCAGUGCACCCAAGAGGACGCCUGUUGCACCUAGAUCUUUCACAGCGCCUGAGAAGGCCAUGAGACACUCGAGAAGCCGCACCAUAUCACAAGAGGGAGAGAGACGCAACCUAUCCCGCGGAGGCGCCAUGCAGAGUAGCAACCACCAGCUGAACCAAAAUGAUGCCAAUGCUGUACAAACACAAAACGGGAGACCAUCGGAACCUUACCUGCCUAGGAGCUGCAAUAGAGCCUUUUCAAGACAAAUGUCAGCCGCAGCUAAGAUACGCACAAAUCCGAGCUGGGUAUCACAUAAAUCAGGAGACAACUGGAUUUCGAGAAGACCCGAGAGCAUUUUGCAGCAAUUAGGAGUCGGCAUGCAGUGACUCUCAGAAAUCUUUCCUGUCUGAAAAAUUUUCAGGAAGCGCCAACAGAGUUCAAUCAUAAGUCUGUAAAUAAAAAUCAUGCUUUUAAAAUCUGUAAAUUGUAAAUAACUGAAUAUUCUGUUAAUGAAAUUUGUGUAUAGAUUAGAACCAAGUGUGCCUUCUGUUCAGUUGUUGAUCCAUCUUUUGUCGUCAUUGAAAUUAUU